AUGGGGGCAGAGACCGUGGGGGCAGAGACCAUGGGGGCAGAGACCAUGGGGCAGAGACCGUGGGGCAGAGACCGUGGGGUAGAGACCAUGGGAGACCGUGGGGGCAGAGACCGUGGGGGCAGAGACCGUGGGGGCAGAGACCAUGGGGGCAGAGACCAUGGGGCAGAGACCGUGGGGCAGAGACCGUGGGGUAGAGACCAUGGGGUAGAGACCGUGGGGCAGAGACCGUGGGGCAGAGACCGUGGGGGCAGAGACCGUGGGGGCAGAGACCAUGGGGGCAGAGACCAUGGGGCAGAGACCGUGGGGCAGAGACCGUGGGGCAGAGACCGUGGGGCAGAGACCGUGGGGGCAGAGACCGUGGGGCAGAGACCGUGGGGCAGAGACCGUGGGGCAGAGACCGUGGGGCAGAGACCAUGGGGGCAGAGACCGGGGGCAGAGACCAUGGGGGCAGAGACCGUGGGGCAGAGACCGUGGGGCAGAGACCAUGGGGCAGAGACCGUGGGGCAGAGACCGUGGGGUAGAGACCAUGGGGUAGAGACCGUGGGGCAGAGACCGUGGGGCAGAGACCGUGGGGGCAGAGACCGUGGGGGCAGAGACCAUGGGGGCAGAGACCAUGGGGCAGAGACCGUGGGGCAGAGACCGUGGGGCAGAGACCGUGGGGCAGAGACCGUGGGGGCAGAGACCGUGGGGCAGAGACCGUGGGGCAGAGACCGUGGGGCAGAGACCGUGGGGCAGAGACCAUGGGGGCAGAGACCGUGGGGCAGAGACCAUGGGGGCAGAGACCGUGGGGCAGAGACCGUGGGGCAGAGACCGUGGGGCAGAGACCGUGGGGCAGAGACCGUGGGGCAGAGACCAUGGGGGCAGAGACCGUGGGGCAGAGACCAUGGGGGCAGAGACCGUGGGGCAGAGACCGUGGGGCAGAGACCAUGGGGGCAGAGACCGUGGGGCAGAGACCAUGGGGGCAGAGACCGUGGGGCAGAGACCGUGGGGCAGAGACCGUGGGGCAGAGACCGUGGGGCAGAGACCAUGGGGGCAGAGACCGUGGGGCAGAGACCGUGGGGCAGAGACCGUGGGGCAGAGACCGUGGGGGCAGAGACCAUGGGGCAGAGACCAUGGGGCAGAGACCAUGGGGCAGAGACCAUGGGGCAGAGACCAUGGGGGCAGAGACCAUGGGGGCAUAGACCGUGGGGCAGAGACCAUGGGGGCAGAGACCAUGGGGGCAGAGACCAUGGGGGCAUAGACCGUGGGGCAGAGACCAUGGGGCAGAGACCAUGGGGGCAGAGACCAUGGGGGCAUAGACCGUGGGGCAGAGACCAUGGGGGCAGAGACCAUGGGGGCAGAGACCAUGGGGGCAGAGACCAUGGGGGCAUAGACCGUGGGGCAGAGACCAUGGGGGCAGAGACCAUGGGGGCAGAGACCGUGGGGGCAGAGACAUGGAGCACAUGGUAA